UGUUAGGAACCUCUCGUGUUACCAUUACUCAUCGCACCUAACAGAUCCCUCCUAACGCCUAACGCUAACUCCUUGCUGGCAGGAAUAAGAGACAUGAGACGGCCUUAAAGAUGGAGGAGCUCGAACGACUUCCGGCUCAAAAAUGACCCUGGAACUGACCGGAGACCAGCUGAAAAUGGCUGAGAUGCAGCUAAAGAGAUAUUUACCUCGGUCACAACAGGUGUAUGGAUAUCUGGUCCACAUAAACAGGGUCAGAUCAGACCCUGUGAGGGUCUUCGUGGACAGAUGGCCAGAGUUCAGUGUUGUUGUCUGUAAACCAGAAUGUGAACAGAUGGGGGAUCUCUUCAAAGACAUUCUGAUUUUUGCAAAUGAUGAAGCUAUUCUAGAGGAAACCAUCAGGAAGUCCUCUUUUUUUGACUGGACCCAGUACAUGUGUGUUGGAAUCAACAGUUGCCACAUGGAGAUAUUCACAGCACUUGCAUCAGAAAAACACGUGUCCUACCACACAAUAGCAGUGUGUCACAAGAUGAUACUGGAGGAUAUAUCCAACCUUCCCUCUAUAGACAGCUCGGGGAUCUCAUUAAGCUCUCUUGAUGAAUCACACACUGGCUUGGUGUGUCAGAUGUGGAAGUUUGCAAAGAACGACGGUGCUGUCAGGAUGAUCCGGAACAUGCUCGCUUACUUCCCGUCCUACUGCGUGCUGGACACAGAGGGAAAGCCUGUGUCCUGGAUCCUGACCUACGCGUCAUGUUCGAUGGGCGUGUUGUACACUCUGCCAGAGCACAGAGGGAAAGGCUACGCCAAAGUCCUGGUCAGCACUAUGGCCAAGAAACGCCACGCUGACGGCUACCCAGUGUUCUGCUUCAUAGAGGAGGAGAACAAGGUUUCCUACAGGCUCUUUAAAAGCCUGGGCUUCACUGAGGACCCCUCAUACAGGGAGGCCUGGUGUGGAUUUAAUGAUUUUUAAAUUCCUUAGAGAAGAUGACAAUUAGAAAAGGGGGAAAUGCUAGUCAGAAUAUUAUGUGUUCAGUUUAGGUUCAGUUGCCUUAAACCGAAACAACCUGCUUCAUGGACACUCCCUUAAAGAUCUCUCUUCACGCAUUUCACCUCUUUUCCAUGGAAGCACUUGAUGCAUUACUGGAUCUGAAAUGAAAAGAAAAAGAAUUAAUGUAAAUGAUAAAUCUAUGUUUUAGAAUAAUGGGAAAUGAUGUCCUCAUUACACACUUAAAUUUACCUUACAUUUCACUUUACAUUGAUAAGAGUAUGAUAAUAUGAUAAGAAAACUUGAUGUUCUUCAACAGAAACACAAGAUAUCCAAGUUUUCUUCCAAUGUCUGCAGAGCGUUCUGAUUUGUUUUCUAUGUCUGAUAGAUGUAGACAUCAGUGCCUGUUUACAGUCAGUGUUUCACCGAGCUCUGUUUGUGUUAAACACCUACCAGCACCAUGGGAGGGCACUUUAUGUUUGAUGUGUUAAAAUCUGUUCCUAAGAUCAAGUGCCUAAAAAAUGUUUCAUAGUUGUAACAUCUGAGGAGCAGGAUUGUGAUCAUAUUUGCUUUGACACAGUUUGAUUUUGUCUGACAUGCAUGAAGGUGUAAUAUAUUUGUUCUUUCACUCUCAUGAUAUAA